CGAAGCAGAGUGAAGCUUGGAGAGCCAGAGCGCAGACCGCACGGAGACAGGAGGUAGACACUGUACAGCACGACCUUUUUAUAUUCCGUAUGAGCACAGCGUCUUUAUUUGUAAAGAUGUGGACGGCUAUUGGGAAACUGCUGCUUUUACAUAUGAUACUCGUGGGCUUUCUGCUGGUGAAUGGAACUAAACCGGACUGUGAAAGCGGUCAGUUUCAGUGCAAGAACGGCAGAUGUAUCCCGACUCCAUGGAGAUGUGAUGAUGAUGAUGACUGCUCGGAUAACAGCGAUGAGGAAAACUGCCCAAAAAAGACAUGCGCUACGACAGACUUUGCUUGUAAGAAUGGGCAGUGUGUCCCGGCUCGAUGGAGGUGUGACGGAGAACCGGAGUGUCCAGAUGGUUCGGAUGAAGCAGACUCCACCUGCAGUGAGUACAGUCGGCAGACAUGUCCACCAGAGAAGUUUGACUGUGGUGGCUCAACAAGCAAGUGUGUGUCUUUGUCAUGGCGCUGUGAUGGUGAAAGGGACUGUGAAAAUGGAGCAGAUGAGGAGCAGUGUGCUGCAGACGCCAAGGCUUGCCCUUCCAAAGAGUUCCAGUGCCGUAACCGUCUGUGCGUGGCUCCCACGUUCGUAUGUGACGGAGAUGAUGAUUGCGGCGACGGGAGCGAUGAGGAGAAGUGCACGGCGGCCACCGCCAGUACCUGCGGGCCGCACGAGUUCCGCUGUAACGACUCUGAGUGUAUCCCAGCGCCGUGGAGCUGCGACGGAGACCCCGACUGCAAAGACAAGUCGGACGAAUCUCUGGAGCGGUGCAGUCGCAGGACGGAGCCUCAAAAGCCCCAUUGCUCUGCAGGGGAGUUUCGGUGCAGGAGCGGAGAGUGCAUUCACCUUAACUGGAAAUGCGACGGGGAUGUAGACUGCAAGGACAAGUCUGAUGAGGCCAACUGUCCUGUGCUGACCUGCCGUCCUGAUGAGUUCCAAUGUGGCGACGGCUCCUGCAUUCACGGCACCAAACAGUGUAACAAAGUGCACGACUGUCCAGAUUUCAGCGACGAGGCUGGCUGCAUCAACAAAACCACCAAAUGUGAAGGUCCACUGAAGUUCAUGUGUAAGAGCGGGGAGUGUGUUGAUAGCAGCAAAGUGUGCGACAGCAUCAAGGACUGCAAGGACUGGUCUGAUGAGCCCGUGAAGGAGUGCGGUCUGAAUGAAUGUGCCAUUAGCAAUGGUGGCUGCUCUCACAUAUGUAAGGACCGUCAGAUCGGCUAUGAGUGUGAAUGCCCCUCGGGAUAUAAGCUCCUGGACAAGAAGACUUGCGGAGACAUAGACGAAUGCGAGAACCCUGACGCCUGCAGUCAAAUAUGUGUCAACCUCAAAGGCGACUACAAAUGUGAAUGCUACGAGGGCUACGAAAUGGACCCAGUUACAAAGACCUGUAAGGCAGUGGAUGGAUCAUUCCAGCAGAUGGGUAAGAGCCCAUGUCUUUUGUUUACUAACCGGCAUGAGAUCCGGCGCAUAGACCUGGUGAAGAAGGACUAUACACAGGUAGUGCCGACCCUGAAGAACGCUGUGGCCCUAGAUGUGGACGUUACCACAAACAAGAUGUACUGGUGUGACCUCUACCAUCGCAAGAUCUUCAGUGCAUACAUCAACAAAGCCAGCGACACUUCCCAACAGAUCACACUCAUAGACACUGCGCUACAUUCCCCAGAGGGCUUAGCAAUGGAUUGGGUUCAUAAGAACAUCUACUGGACCGACUCUGGACACAAAACUAUCUCUGUCGCAACUGGCGAUGGCAAGAAGAGAAAGGUGUUGAUCGACACAGAUCUUGGCGAACCACGUGCCAUCGCUGUUGAUCCAAGACAGGGGUUCAUGUACUGGUCGGAUUGGGGAACGCAGGCAAAGAUUGAGAAAGCUGGAAUGAACGGGGUGGAUCGGCAGGUUCUGGUUUCAGAGAGGAUCGAGUGGCCCAAUGGGAUUGCGCUCGAUCUAUCUAGUAGACGACUCUACUGGGUCGAUUCCAAGCUUCAUCUGAUAUCGAGUGUGGACCUGAAUGGAGACAACCGUAGAGUUUUGCUGUCCUCCAUGGAUCAUCUGGGACAUCCCUUCGCCCUGACUCUUUUUGAGGACCGGGUUUACUGGACAGACUUGGAGGAUGAGGCCAUCUACAGUGUGAAUCGACUGACAGGGCAUGAUGUGGCAAUGCUGGCUCAACAUCUCAACAACCCGCUGGAUGUGGUGGUGUUCCACGAGCUCCGGCAGCCUAAAGCUCCAGACACAUGCAACAUGGGAAGUUUGCCCAAUGGAGGCUGUGAGUACCUGUGCCUCAGAGCUCCUCAGAUCACAGACCACUCGCCCAAAUACACAUGUGCCUGCCCCGACAGCAUGGAACUGGGCCCGGACAUGCGCCGCUGUGUGACAGUCAAACCCAAAACGACAACUGCUGCAAGUACAACAACACCACCAGAACCUUCUACUGCUGUGACCCCUACAACCACCAUUCCAACUACAUGCACCAGUGCACUUACAACCACCAGUACAAUCACUACAACUACACCUACUAUGACAGUAUCAAGCACAACCACCAGCAGCCCCAGCACAUCCACUCAUUCCAGAACACAUCUUUCCACCACCACACACUCCAAGGCCACUUUAACAACUGUGACCACUCAGCCCAGCACUACAGCGCCAUGGAAACAACCAACCUCCACUCAGACGGCAGCAGAUCACAGACAGACAUCUACAACCAUUUCCCAUGGCAACAGCAUACAAGGGGCCAAUGCCAAUCUCUCUCAUCGAGCUGGCAGUGGAAAUGAUCACUUCCUCCUUGGUAGCAAUAUAACUGUUGCGGUUCUGGGUAUUGUCAUUCCAAUAGUUCCUAUCCUUGCCACAGUGGUCAUCGGCCUGAUGUGUACCGGAGGUUACCUGGUGUGGCGCAACUGGAGGAGACGGAAUACCAAGAGCAUGAACUUCGAUAACCCCGUUUACCGCAAGACCACGGAGGACGACGACGACGAAAUCCACAUCGGCCGCAGCGAGCAGAUCGGCCACGUCUACCCACCAGUGAGUGGCAGUGCCAGACAGCCAUACCUAGCACUGCCACUGGGGGGCAGUAUCCCAGACCCGGCAGCUCAUUGGUACUCAGGGGCACCUAUGCUGUCCAGUGCAAAGUGAACAAAGGGAGGAAGGCAAUAGUGAUAAAAACGCAGGCGGGGCUAAGACAAAAAUCCCUAAGAGGGCAUUAUGAUGCCUCUUUUCUCACUCAUAUUUGUACUCAUAAUUCACUACACAUUUUCAUUCAAAUGUCUGUUUAAUUCAUUUGUGUACGGAUUACCAUGUGAAGUUUAAUUAGUUGUCCGUUUGUUUUCCAUAGGCUGCAUUCUAAAUCACAUACUCUCCCAGUAGGUACUUUUUUAAUAAAAGAAAUAGUUACGUAAUGACCGUUAAAAAUACCUUCUAUAUGAAUAUAUGUGUGUAGUAUGAAUUUAACCUGGACAUACUACAUUCGCCACAUUAUCAUUAUUUUUAUGACCUACCAGCGUCAGUCGCUUUACUUCAUGCCAUUCAUAAAUCCUCUCUCAAUGCCUUUUGAUGCACACUUCAGAAUCUCACUGGAAAUAGAAGGUCAUCAUCACAUACUGUUUAUAGUAGGGAAGUAUGUUAUUUUGGAUGCAGCCAUAGUCUUGUUUUUUCGUGUUGUGUGUGUAAAGCUUUAAAUGCUUUCCAUGUUUGAAAGCUUUGAAAUUGUGCUCUCCUAUUAUCCCAUAGUUGGUGUGUUUUUAUUUAUUUAAUUUUUUAGUAUAAUUGUUUUAGGGAUGAGCAAUGAGCACCUUAAAUGACUGGACAAUCUUUUAAUAUUUUAGCAUUGAUUUAUUUAUCUAGGUGUUUUGCUGUUUAGGUGUUAUAUUUAUUUGGGUAAUGAAAUGAUUCAUUCAUAUAUUCACGGGGCCUGGGCUUUAAUAGUAAACAGUUAGUCAGAUGGAGGGAUUAUAACAGUGUGUGUUGAGCUUCCUGUGCUACAGUCGACAUGUCAAGCACAAGCAGAGAUAAAGACAUCAGUCGUGUGGCAGCAACAGUGCGGGCCGCCCCAGUGGCAUAACAGGAUUCUCUCCAGCGCCCCACACGCCGCACUCGUCACAGUGUGUGUAGGGGGAUCUGCAUAUCGGAUGUUUCUCCUUCUCCAUGGGUUUUCUCGUUGUUUUCGAUGUAUUUAUUUCUCUUGCUCUUUCUCUCAACACGUGUAACUGUUUUUUUAUCUGCUCUCCGCAGCGCGUGGCGCUCGGUCCUGACGAUGACGGAUUCCCCUGAGGGCGAUUCUCGCUCUUGUUCUCUCAUUCUCCAUCCCUGAAUCCAUGCAUCCUUUAGUCCUACAUCUCUCCUUCCAUCAAGGAGAUUGCAUGAGACAACGCAGCAAGGCGCAGAGAGCCAAAAAGGACACAAGCACUUGCUCUCCACAGCCAAGAGCUACAAACUGGGUUUGUCUCCUCUUAGUGUCUUUUUUCAGCCCAUAAACUCUCAGUCGGGCAAUAAUCACUAGUUCAACGAUUAAACUACUAGCAUCAUUCCUGCUCUUUGUCAGUAGUAGUAGGCAGUGCUGUUUAAUGAUGACUAACCUCAUAGCUCAUCAUGUCCGUAGGCACUAACACUCUUUGGCUCUCCCGCUGCUCUCGUGCUGUAGAUCUUUUAAAAUUAGAAAUUAGCUGGUUUGAGCUGAACCUGUUGAAGAGAAUUGUGGGCAAUCCACAAUGUCAGCAUUGGAGAUACAUAGAAGUAAAAUAUGAAAUAAAAUGGAGAUGGGGUGAGGAAAAUUGAUAUUUGCAGACAUUAAACCCAAAUUCCGCUAUGCAGCUGUUAUGCAUUCACCUAAUCUAACAAAUUAGUCUGUAAUGUCCUCUCCUCCUAAUACUUCCAAUGCCAUGACUAGUGUUCCUUCAUGUCUUCCAAUGGUCACUCAAAUUCAGACUGGACCCUUCUGAAAGAUCUGCAGCCACUAUCUGGAGAUGAGAGGCAAUAUAUUUCCAUAUUUAUUUAUUCCACCAGCACUGGGUCUUCCAUUUUUCUUAAGUUUCUAAGACCAACUUCCUGCCCAGGCAGGUUUAUAUCUCCAAAACCUCAGCUCAGGUCAUCAAUUUUUCUAAAAUAUUACCAGUUAUUGCUACAAUCUGUGUGGUUUGUUAUCACAAACACACUAAUAAAUACGGUAGCCAGGGUUUGAUAAUGGCUGAAAUGCUGUUUGUUCAUAUCUACAGUCUAGAUCGCUCCCUCUCAGACAUGCAAAAACACGUGCGCACACACUCUCUUUCUCUCUACCGAACACUAACGUGUCUUUUCCGCCCCUACAUUCGUCAUGCCUGGGGUAAAACUCUUCAGCAUUUAGUAUGCUGACAACAAGACACCGCCUGCCAUAUUGGGUGGCUUAAUGAUGUGAUAGAUUCGAGUCGUAGAUCAAAGCUUUGCUCCUCUCUUCGGCGCAUGGCACAGGAAAUGAGGAGUGCCUGAAUAUAGGCUUCCUGUACAAACUCUCUCCAUGUGAUGAAUGAGCACAUGGUUAUUUCUGUAUCACUGUCAGAAGGACACUGACUGAUUGGACAGAUGCUUAAAAAGAACAGGUUUUGAUCCACCUAUGCCUGUUGAUAAAAACCAUCAGUUUCUUUGGUCAAUUUUAACUGUUUAAAGGGGAUUGAAGGAUUAAAACAGUGGUUAUUAACCUUUUUCACAGCAAGGCCCUCUUAUCUAAACUGAAAAAAAAAUGUCAGUUAAAUGUUGUGCAUCUUUAUUUUUAGUGAUUUUAUUUUAAUUGAGAACUGUAAUAUACCUAAAUUUGGGUAAUUUUAAGACUCACUGGAAGUUGGCCUGGUUGAGAACCACUGUUUUAGAGAAAGGCCAUCCGAGCGUCAUCAGAUUUGCACCAAUUUAAACCAGCUAAAAACCUUAGGCUGGAUUUUUCUGCAGGGAUUAUAGCUUGGCAUAUGGCAGUAUGUGUCUGUGUGACGUUAUAUCAGAUAGUUUCAAAGUGCUAGUCAUGUGAGUUGUCCUUAAUUGGAGACUUCCGAAAGGCACUGCUGGGUCCCUAAGAUGCUUAUGUUUGGUUCUGGCUCGCAUGUGGGUGGUUUCGCAUCUGGAGUGGUUCUUUGUUCCCGCCACCUUUGCUCCUCUCUGCUGUGAUGAGGCAUCUUAUGUGCGGCGCUUGUAAAACACCCCUCCACAUUUCAAAGAAUCCUCCAUUAAGUCACUGUUUUCCAUUAGGAAUAGAGAUAGUGUGGGAGUUUUGUUGUUCAGGCUUUUGUCCUGGAGGAUUAAAGAACUGAAGUUUUCUCGUUCUCUGAAUACGGUGGACUGCCGGAUGGGCUUGAGAAGACAUGAUUUGGAGAUAACAGGCCUAAUAUCAAUAUUAUAGUUUAUUUGAUGAAUCUUCAUUCAUCCUUAACCAUUUCUCAUAUCAAAAACUGUGUGUUUACAGUAUGGAAAAAUACGGUAAAUAGAUUUUAUACGUUUUUUUAAUUGAAGUGAUAACAUUUUUGAUUACUUUUACAUAUAUCAGUUCUGAAAAUGUGGAACUUUGGUUUUUGAUUCGAAAAUCUCAGACAAUAGCAAUACAGGGUAAACAAACUGCUUCAUGUGCUUUUUCAUAAAUGUCAUGACUCAUAAAUUAUUUCAUGAUCAUUAUCAAUUUGGUCUCUUCAGAUGCACUCUGCUGAAAAACAAAAAUUUUAAAGCGGCUUAAUCAUGUUUGCUCGUCUUAUUAGCUCUGGUUUGCUGGUUUUAGAGGCAUUUUUUAGAUGCACUUACCUCCUGGUUUAGACUGGAAGACAAGCUUUUCGUCCAGGUGAACUAACUGGACAUCAUGAUGGGAGACUGGUUUUAGAAGGGUUUUGAGCACAUUCAUGCUGGUCAGGCUGGGAGACCAGCUAAACAAACUAAAAACCAGGAUAGCCAGACUGGAAGAACGGUUAAGACUAGCAAAUGAGCUCAGGCUGUUUUAAUCGUGGUUUAUUUUUCUGAAGGGGAAUCAUGCACGUUUCUUUUUCCUGACCCCAACGUCAUUGUUGUUAUCAGGUGCUGCUCUAGAGUUAGCUAAAAAAAAAACUUUUUAUGGAAAACUUUGUUACAUUUGAGCUCUCUAGCUUUCUACCAACUGAUCUCUUAGCGUAUUAUAAUUUAGAAUGCGUGGGACACAUUUUUGAAAAAUACAUGCAUGGUGUGAUCACAGAAGGUUCUUUUAGACCCUUUGGAUUUUCUGCCUCUUUGUAGAUAACAAGCAGUACUUUGUGCCCGUCGUCCAUCAUUCUUACUCUAUGCAUAUGUAACGGCGAGUCCUGCCUUCCUAUAGCACUGCAGGGACUCGCCACGCUGCUCCUUCAGCCCACUUCCACUGUGACUAACAUUCGUGAUGUCUGUAACUCCUCUUCAUACCUGUCAUCCCCAUCAGCCCGACAAGUAGGACAUUGCUUUCGAAAGGGCUACCAUUCUUUUCCAAUGGACGAUACGCUGGAACAGUGCUCCUUAGUUUGGUGGACUUGUAGAGCUGAACCACUUACUUUAAAUGGAUGAAUCAGGUCCUCCACACCAAUGGUAACAUUUCCGUCUGUUUUCUUUGUGACCCCCCUAAUGUGAGAUCAUGUUGUCAUGAUGUAUAUUACUUGAAGAACUGUUGAUUUUUUUGUAUGGUUUGUAGGUGUUCAUUUUUAGGGGAGGGGGAAGGAGGGCAUGUCAUUACUGUCGUUUGAGGAAACGUGUGUCCCGGUCAUUCCAUGGGUUGUUUGGAGACAUUUUGUACGCUGUUUGUUGCACAAACUUUUUCAAGAAGCCUUCUGCACUGUGUAAAUGAUUACAUAGGAUGGGGGAAGGAUGACCGAUACAGUCAAAUGAGUCUGAAUCAUGAUUUGUAAAUAUGUUUUCAUACAGCGAAACUUUUGAUAAGGUUUUAAACAUUUCUUGUAAAAAGAAGAUGUGUAUAUUAGUCUCCUGGAUGAAAAAGAGUGUAGACCAUACAUGGAUUUAUUUGUACUCAAGAGCACUGGAUUUAUUUACUACUUGAUUGUAACUAAAACUUAAUAAUCUGCCAAAGUGUUUUCAUUUUAUUUUUUCUCUUACCACUGGUCUGAAUUUUAUUUUUGCUUUUUAACCGUAAAGAUUGCAGAAGUAGUGUUUAAUUUGUGUUUGUACAUUUAUUUAAUAGAUAAAUUAAAUUGUAAUUCUAUUUAAUAGGUUACACUCAGUGGUGAAAGAGAGGGUUAGUUUAAUUUAUUGGUGCCUUGUUUGUGUUCAUGUAUAUUUUCCAAUAAUGUCUUGUUUUGUUUGCGUUUCUCGUGUGUGUCAGUGGGUUGAAGAUGGUGGGAAAUAGAGAGGGUGUUUUAACGGUAGCUAAAUUAUACUUACAUGGAAUAUCUGUACUGUAUGCCAAAAUGGUCUCACUCACGUUUCUAUGAAAUUCAAGUUGUUGAUAAAUAUCUAUAUAUUGAUAUAUUAAAUUGUUUAAAAAUCUUU